GUGUGAACCUAGAAAUCCAAAAUCUCUAACUCAACUAAUCCUCUACAUGGAAUCGAGAAAAUAACAGUAUCACUCCGCACGAAACGGCUUUCCAUUUGUGUUUCCGAAUGACGGUGGAUUGGGACUAUGUCGCUCGUCAACAAGAGACUAUUCUCGGAUACACAAGACCUUGGGAUAACGCAAAAGUGUGCCCUAAUUAAUGCUUUCUGGCCUCAUUUGAAUAUUUCGGAGAGUGACUACUUCGAAGACGAAUACACAGCUUUGUUUAGCUACUGGGGAGAAACUCUGAGAAGCCUGCGCCCUUUCAGCCACGAGUUCGCGAUAGAAGAGUGGGACGGCAUACUUGCUAUGAUUACCCAGUUGAGCUUCGGUAGAGAUACAAAGAAGGAGGUGCUGGUGUCCGAUCUCAGAAAGCACUAUCAAAACAUCGGCGACAAAGCUAUUGCUUGCUCUAUCGAACUUACAGUUCGUCUUUGGAUAGGUGUCAACGUGCGCUCCAAGGGAUUAUUUGUUGGACCGGAAAAGUCGAGAGUGUCUUACAUCCGAUGGCAAGAUGACCACUCACUGAAAGAAAUGGUUGCUGCACCAUUCAUUAACAACAAAAGGAAAGCGCGUACUGCACCGAUGUUCCUGUUCGACGAUUCAUUUACAGCUGUGGGCCUGAAGGACAUAUGUCGAUUAGAGAUACUAUGGACCGAUAAUUUAGCGGAUCAUUUGAGACUACACGGGUCCCGGGGGGAGCGUCAACUGUCAAUCUACAAACACAAAAUCUGCCUAAUAAACCACCGAAAAGAACCCGAACCAAUGCUCAUUCCAAGGGAUCUUCUAGACGAGACCAUUUGUACUCUUGAACUCCUAUUCCCUGAGGGUGACGAACCGACAGAGACCUUCUUGAACGACGAAAAGGUCCAGAUGUGGAUAGAGAACUCAAUUGACAUACCUCAAGCAAUUGAACUCGAUGACUUUGAGUUCUGGAGGAGUCGUCUGUCACAACUACUGAGUUUGUUCUAUGGACCUCCAGAGACUGUACGUCAAACCCUAUUGGACAGAAGAAAUACUGCCCAAUUCGCAACCAUAUGGGUGGCCAUUUUCGGGGUGUUCUUCUUGACAAUCCUCUUUGGCGUGCUCUCGACAGCCUACUCAGCCAAGCAGUACAGCGUGGCAGUGGAUUCGUACAAACUUGCCGUCGCGCAAGCGUGUCAACAAACAUCCCAACCAUUGCCAGGAUAUUGCACGUAGCAUACUGCAAGCUUCCUCUACGGAUUCUGCAGCGCCACGACGAUACCAAAACACGGAAAGAAAACAAGAUCAACGAAUUUCCGCACAGAUGAAAGGAUUGUUCAGUACGAGGCUGCCGAUGCGAUGAUAUAUGUCUGUUCUCGUAGCUAGAUCGGCCGAUAUACCUAAACUAAUACCACGGUUUU